CGUUGGUAGCUCAAGACGAAGAUUCGGUGUGAAGAUUGUACUAGCUAGAGGACUAUCGGAUGUUGAGGGGUUUAUCUUCGAUAUCUGAUGAGUGACGGAGCUGAUUCAAGAAGAAACAUGGAAGGUGGGGGUGGUGGCGGUUUGCCGCCAGACAAUUGGAAGUGUUAUAAAUGCGGCGAAGGUGGCCACUUCAUAUGUGACUGUGCAGAGUUUGGGCAGGUGAAAGCUCUCGGGCGUGCCUUUGUCCCGUCUGCACAAACGGUUAACCCCACUCACAUGGGUAGACCCGCGGUGGCUAGUACAAGUAUAGCUGCUCGGAGGAGCUGGUCGGAUGAAAGUGGGACUGAGAGGGGCGAGACGGGAGAUGAUACGAAUGCGCUCAUGAGGGAAUACUUUCUGCAAAUGGCGGAGGAACGUAGAAACCGUGUUGAGCGUGAAGCCGAGGAGGAAAAAUGUCGUAAAGAAGAAGAACUCAGACAGGAGCGAGAGAACAAAAGGUUGCUUCGCCAGGAGGAAAGACAAAGGCUAAAAGCGGAGCGUGAUGCGCGUUUGCUACGGAUUAUUCGUAGUGAAAUGCGCAAGGACCGGAACGAAGAGAGGGAAAGGUAUGAAAGGAGAGGGAAAGGCGUGGUCAAAGCUGGUUGUCGAUCCGAAUCCAUAGAGGAUGAAAAAGAGCGGCUACGUCGGCUGAUUGCACCGAAGACAAUCGGUAAUACCGAGGAAGAAGUUGAUGACGAGUUGUUGGCAUUACGCGCGUUGGCGGCAAAGUUGAAUUUGACGGAGAAAAGGAAACGUGGUCCUGAUUUACCUGUUGGUAAUAGUCCACCUAUAGUCACACCGGAGAAGAAGUCAAAUACGAAGUUGUCGGGGGAGUCCAUGGCGCGAAUUGAGUUGUUGAAAAGUGAGCAAGGCGCAGAUGCGGGUACUUCGUGUACACCGAGGAAGAUCGAUCUUUCACUCAAACAUAUUGUGGCGUCGUGCGGCCCAGGAGGAAAGGAGAAGUUCGAGAAGGAAUGUUCAGACUUCUAUGAUGCGUUGACCAUUUAGGAACUCAAGGAGGCUUGCCGGCGCGAGAAAGUUGCCUAUGAAAACCGUGAGUUGGCCAUAAAGCGUUUGGUGAUUCGA